GUGAGAGCGGAUGUUUCCGGCAGCUGACGCUGCUAGCGGUUAGCAGAGUGAACCGUUGUCCGGAUGUAAACACGGACAGAAAACCCGUCAAGGUUCCGUUUAGUGUCGCGAUGAGAGAUGGAGCAACACGCCGAAGAACCGGAUGUAGAUUUAAAAGCGGAAGUUGAGCUGAGAGCAACAGAUGUCAAGCAGCUGCUGGUGAAUAAAGACAAUGUUCUGUCUGAGCAGUGGAACCCCAGUCCGGAGCUAGAGGUCCAAACUCAGCCCCCCCACAUUAAAGCGGAGCAGGAGGAACAGUGGAGCAGUCAGGAGGGAGAACAGCUGGAGGAUGUAACUGGUGUGAAGAGUGAAGAACAUGAACGUUCAGACGUCCUGCAGCUGAUGGUGACUGAAGAAGAGGUUCCUGGUGUGGAGCAGGAGAACCCAGAGCUCCCCCACUUUAAAGAGGAGCAGGAGGAACCGUGGAGCAGUCAGUCAGAAUCAGUUUGUGGACUGAAUCCAGAUAAAUGUUCACGAGUGGACGCUGUGACAGACUCAGGAUUAAAGACGGAGGUUGGUGAAGUAAAGCCAAGUGAACCUCAGUUGGUUUUAAAAUCCCUGAAGAUCAUUGAAGUCCCUGUGCCCGAGGUGAGAGGAAAGAAAACCUACAACUGCUCCCAGUGCGGGAAAAUAUUUGGCCGCAGUCCACACCUGAAGAUACACAUGAGAACUCACACGGGAGAGAAACCAUUCAGCUGCCCGGUGUGCAGGAAAAGUUUCACACAGAAAGUAAAUCUGACUUAUCACAUGUCCGUCCACACGGGAGAGAAACGAUUCAGCUGCCGCUUCUGCGACGAAAGGUUCACUUGGUACACGCAGCUGAAGAGUCACCAGUGUGUCUGUGAGUCGUCGCGUCACAGUCGGACGGAAGAGAACAGGGAGGCUGAUCCUGGAGAGAAAUCAUUCAGCUGCUCCGAGUGUGGGAAAGUGUUCAGCCGCAGAGACAAUCUGAACAUUCACAUGAGGAUCCACACGGGAGAGAGACCGUUCGGCUGCUCCACGUGUGGGAAAAGCUUCAAACAUGGAGGACACCUGACGCAGCACAUGUCCGUCCACACGAAGGAGAACAGGUUCAGCUGUGAUGUUUGUGACAAAAGGUUCACGUGGCUUUAUCAGCUCAAAAGACACAAGUGUGGCGGUGAAUCCUCGCAGCUUCAACGACUGGAGGAGGCUGACAUCAAGUUCACGUUGACUCCUGUCGCUGUGAAGAGUGAAGAAGAUGGAGAGAAACCUCAGCCGUCACAGCUUCAUCAGAGUCCGACUGAGGACAACAGAGCGGACUGUGGAGGACCAGAACCAGCCAGGAACUCAGGUCCUGAUGGACAUUUACAACCAGGUCCUGAGGACAAGACUUCAAACUGCUCUGAAUUUAAAUUGAAAGUGUUUGAGAGAAAUGAAUCAUGUUUAAACUUUGCAAAUGAUUCGGGAUGUAACGCUGUUAAAAAAUCCUUCAGCUGCUCCCAAUGUGGGAAAAUAUUUGGCCGGAAGGAACAUCUGCAGACUCACGUGAGAAUUCACACAGGAGAGAGACCCUUUAUCUGCUCUGACUGCGGGAAAACAUUCGGCUGCAAGAGGUCGCUGCUGGGUCACAUGACGAGUCACACGGGAGAGAAACCGUUUAGCUGCUCUCGAUGUGGGAAACGAUUCGGCCGCAUGGUGAAUCUGAAGACACACGAGAGGCUUCACACGGGUGAGAGACCGUUCAGUUGUCCUUUCUGUGGUAAAGGUUUCACACAGAAGGUGCACAUGACUCAACACAUGGCCGUCCACACGGGAGAGAAACAGUUCAGAUGCAGCGUGUGUGAUAAAAAGUUCACGUGGCUGUCAGGGUUCAGACGACACAAGUGUGGCGGCGAGCAGUCGGAGCGGGAUGAAACCGAGGAGAGCGCAGAGGUAGAACCGGGCGAUAAAUCGUUUCGCUGUCGUGAGUGUGGAAACAGAUUCAAUCACAAACACAACCUGAAAGCUCACAUGAGAAUUCACACAGGAGAGAAACCGUUCAGCUGCUCUGUCUGCUGCAAAGGCUUCAUCGCGAGCGGAGCUCUGAAGAAACAUUUGAGGACUCAUUCGGGUGAGAAGCCGUUCAGCUGCCACGUCUGCUCUGUGAGAUUCACACAGGGAGGGAAUCUGAAACGACACAUGGCGCAGCACACGGGAGAAGCUCAAGAGAAACCUUUCAGCUGCUCGGUUUGUGGAAAAAGCUUCACUCAAGUGUCAAAUAUGAAACGACACAUGACGAAACACACAGAAAUGAUUCUGUCUCAGGAGGCGGGAAGUGAAGUGUAGACCUGAGAGAGACGGGACGACUGAAGACGUCAAACUGUUGAUGAUCACGUGACCUUUGACAGAAGAUAUUUAUAUUUAAUGUAUUUUAUUGUAUCAGAGCUUUAAAUGAAUUUAGCUUUUAUUAAAAAAUAAGACUCUCACUAAAAAGAGACUCCAGCUCUUUGCUCAUCUCGUUUUAGAAAGUUGUUUUUACCCAUAAACCAACGAUCAAUGAUGUAAAUAAAGACAACUCGUCUCCACUUCCUCCUGAAAUUACACUAAAAUAUGUCAGAUACCAACAGGUCCCAUCUGCUAACACAGAGGAGGGUUUAUGAUCUAUACUGCAGCCAGACACCAGGGGGCGAUGGAGAUGUUUGGGCUUCCCUGUUUAUUUACAGUCUAUAGCUCCGCGAAGGCAGAACUGAAAUCAGACGAUUUCUCAUCUGCAUCACCAGCUUGUCCCGAUCGUAGCGUCAGCUUUGAUCAGCUUUUAACAAACUGUCAAACUGGAUUUUAAUUUUUUUUGUUGUCAGCGUCUUUCCCUUGAUCUGUUUGUUUCCUGAAAUGUUUCAAAAUCAAACCCCUCAUGAAGUUCUGUUUCUUAAAAUGUGGUUUUGUUCAUCAAACAAAAACCCAGAAAUCUUCAGUUGCCUGUGAUUUGAAGAGAAAAUGUUCUGAAACUGAAGUCAGAUUAUUUUCACUAUUAAAAAUGAGACGAAUCUCAAAGUGUCUGAUCCAUAAAAA